AUGGCUACCCCUGAGCAGACAACGGAAAAAGACCACGAAAUUCCCGAGUCGUCUCGCUCGCGUAUCGCACGCUAUGAUGAAUACUUUGAUCAACGAACGUUUUCCACCGUUUACAGGAAGACGAACAAACCAACAAGGAAGCUCAAUCAUAAGAGACCAGUUCUCAUCGUUCGACGAAUUAUUGAUGCUAAAGGGCAACAUGUAUCGACGGAAAUUGAUAUCAAGAGUCCACUAUUAUGUGAAGUAUUAAUCUCCAUCCACAAAGAUGUUGAUGGGCUAGAACUCAUGCGAAGCGAGCCAACGUGUGACCCUCACUUGCUUUUCUUUUCCUAUGAAGGCCUCAUGGACAGGCUACAACAGGAGAAGGAAAAGGAUGUCCGAGACGAGGUCCUCAUCUCGGAUAUUAACGUUGCUCUGCAGUACAUAUACGAAGAUCAUGCAGGCAACUUCGCAGAUCUCAAGAGUUUGGUAGACGAUCAAUCCAUUACGUUCGAUCUCCUUUGGGCACUCUUCCGUUCGAAUACACCUCUCUACAACUACCACCAAUAUACAGAGCAACAUCGGAUCUUGAAAGCACAGAACUACAUGAUACGACAACGAGAAGACCGCUCUGUCUAUGCUGAUGUCAUUUGCGAUGUCAUCGUGGACGAUGGGAACACAUUUGGGAUCGCGCAGGAGCAUAUCGAGAUAGACGCAUUCAGAGGUUCAAGGAAGAUCUAUGAGCUACCGGUAUUUCCGCUCAAGUAUUUUCGCGAUAGCACUGCCCUUCGUGAGCGUGCUAUUCGGCGAGGUCGCAAAUUUGCUUGCAUGCAGAAACAUACAUACGGCGAGAUAUCUGGCCCGGCGCUGCGUGAGAUCACCACCCCGCAGGACAAGAUCCAAUUCCAGAAAUUCAACACAUAUGGACGAGUCAUGAUCGACCCUGCCGGAUUCCGCGUUUUCCAACCAAACUGCACAUUCAAUCUCACUGUAUAUAGGCGAGUUAGCCGAGAGGAGCUCACCGACGAACAGCUCAUGAUCUGUACUCCAAUUGUACUCGGAUUUUGUUUUGGGGUAAAGGAGUGGGGUGGCUUUGCAUUGGACCGCGUCCAAGACAUUGUAUGGUCUGAUGAAUCGUUCAAGUCGCUUGUCCUUGGCCCUAAGCAGAAGGACUUAAUCCAUGCACUCGUAAAGCAGCAUGAAUCCCGUGCUUCACAAUUCGAUGAUGUUGUUCAGGGCAAGGGCAAGGGACUCGUAGGUCUACUAGCGGGUUCGCCUGGGUGUGGAAAAACACUUACUGCCGAAGCGGUUGCAGAGAUCACAAGACGCCCCUUGUACUGCAUCUCUGCCGGUGAGCUAGGCACGGAUGCAGAGUCUGUUGACAAGGCGCUUAUUCAGAUACUGGAGCUCGCACAUACAUGGAAGGCCGUCCUGCUUCUCGACGAAGCAGAUGUGUUCCUUUAUAAAAGGAGCAGCGGCGAUGUCGUGCGGAAUGCACUUGUGUCAAUAUUCUUACGACAGCUGGAAUAUUAUCAGGGGAUCCUGUUCCUCACAACUAACAUGAUCUCUCAGUGCGAUCAAGCGUUCGAAAGCCGAAUACAUUUCACUGUGCACUACCCUCAGCUCAACGAAGCCUCGCGCAGGGAAAUCUGGCGCAUCUUCAUAACCAAGACCUCAGGUGCCGGCAGGAUUAGUGAUGCGGAAAUAGACGAGCUUGCAAAACAAACGAUGAAUGGACGUCAGAUCAAGAAUGCCAUUAGCACCGCACAGUCUAUCGCGCUCGAUCAGAAUGCGCCCCUCUCUGUGGAGCACAUACAUACAGUGCUUGAAGUUGCGAGAGACUGGACCAAGGCAAGAGAAGAGACGAGCAUGACCGAGGACGUUGGAACCUUGAUAUAA